AUGUCUCAGAAGGAAAGUUUACCUGAAUCGGUUCUCAAUUUGCUCAAUUCUAGCAGAUUUAUACACUUGGCAACGUGUUUAGACAACAAGCCCCAUGUUUCUUUGAUGAAUUACACGUUUGUCCGCCAGGGGGAUGAUAACCUCGUGAUUGUUUCUACACCAAGAAAAACAACAAAGUUUGAAAAUAUGUUGUCGAAUCCCAAUGUUUCCUUGUUAAUACACGAUUGGAUUUCUGUGAAGAAUACAGCUGGUCAGUCCGUGGAAGAAUCAUCGGCUUCACCAAAACGCAACUCGCUUUAUGAAUUGCUUGCGAAUUUCAAUAGGAAUGAGCUCAGCAGAGUAUCUGUCAUGUUAGAUGGUGAGGCCAAAAUUCUUGACAAGACUGUAGAUGGAAAGGAUUUUGAUUUCUACAAGUCUUUGCAUUUGAAUAAUUCAAAGAUUGAUCACACUCAAGUCAAAAAUUACAUUGAGAACGAUGAUAACGCAUUGAUUAUUAUACGCAUCACUAAUUGUAAGGUCACAGAUACCGAUAAUAAUGUGGAGCUGUACUAA